AUGCAGUCUUUCAUUGGCGAUGACAUUGACCCGGCUGGUUGGUUCCCAUGGGACCCUGAGUUCGCACUCUCGACAUUAUUAUACUAUGGAGAGUAUGCGAAUAACGGUCCUGGAGCAGAUACGAGUAAGAGAGUGAAAUGGAAGGGAUUUAAAGUUAUUAGAGACUCAAAGGAGGCCGAGCAAUUUCCAGUGGCAAAGCUUAUUCAAGGAGGAUUAUGGCUAAAACCCACUGGAGUUACUUACCAAGAGUGGCUUUGA